GGGUGGGCCAGUUGCUAACGCUUGGUGAAGCUCAGCGCUAGCGUCUGUCUCCUUAGUCGGAGCCCUGCCAAGGAUGGAUCCCCUGGGCUGCAUGGAGCAGUGUGAGGAUAAGAAGGCCAAGAGCCCAAAUCGAGAGCCUGUGCUGUGGCAAGCCCUUCCUGUUCUGUCCGAGCAGCAGUCCAGGGACAUGGAGCUGGUGCUGGCCUACGCCGCACCCAUCCUCGACAAGCGCCAGACUUCACGUCUCCUCAAGGAGGUGUCGGCUGUCCACCCACUGCCUGCACAGCCUCACCUGAAAAGGGUUCGCCCAAGCCGUGAUGCUAGCCGUCCACACAUGCUGGAGAUGCUCCUAUGCCUGGCAGGGCCAGUUGCAGGCACUCGAUCGCUGGCUGAGCUCCUCCCACAUCCAGCAGUGGAUCCCCGAGGCCUGGGACAGCCCUUCCUGGUGCCUGUGCCUGCGUGGCCACCCCUGACCAGGGGCCAGUUUGAGGAGGCGCGUGCCCAUUGGCCCACAUCCUUCCAUGAGGACAAGCACAUGACCCGUGCCCUGGCUGGGCAACUUUUCUCAGCACAGGAGCAGGCUGAGAUGCAGGGCCACAUGGAGCGGGCUGUACGGGUGGCACAACAAGCGGCCUCCAGGGGCCUGAGGGCUGUGGGGGCUGUGGUGGUGGACCCGGCCUCAGGCCGGGUACUGGCCACGGGCCAUGACUGUAGCAGCUCAGCCAGCCCCCUGCUGCAUGCCACCAUGGUGUGCAUUGACUUGGUGGCCCAGGGCCAGGGUCAAGGCACCUAUGACCUCAGGCCCCACCCUGCCUGUUCCUUCACCCCAGCCUCAGCCUCCCAGGGUGUCCAGGCCAUCUCUGUGCACACACUGGAUAAGGAUAUGGACACGGAUGAUAACGGCCUCCCCUAUGUGUGUACCGGCUACGACCUCUACAUUACCCGCGAGCCCUGUGCCAUGUGCGCCAUGGCCCUGGUGCACUCCCGUGUGCAGCGUGUCUUCUAUGGGGCACCCUCUCCUGAUGGUGCCCUGGGCACCCGCUUCCGCAUCCAUGCGCGACCUGACCUCAAUCACCGUUUCCAGGUGUUCCAGGGUGUGCUGGAGGCCCAGUGCCGCCAGCUGGACCCCGACACGUAGGUGCCAAGCUUGCUGGCUCCAGACUGUUCUUUGCUCUCUCAGCCUCAGCCUCCUCACAGAUCCACUUGGGCCCUGGCUCCCUCAUUGUCUAAGGGCUGCGAUCCUGUCUGGAUUUCAGGGACGUGCCUCCCAGCCCCGGAACCUGUGCCUACACUAUUUCCGUUGGUGUGUGGUGCUGCAUUUCUGCUAGACCAAGCUUUUCCCUGGGCUGGAGCAUAACGAGGGCCCAGCCGGGCCUCAUCGCUGGGCACUCAGGCUUCCCUCCUUGUGCCGCCUUCACCCUGAAUCCACAGGUCUACUGGGAUUGUAUCCCCUUUAUCUCAAGUCUGACCCAUGAAAAUAAACUCAACCCUUA